CAGGUGACAGGUGGGCUGGAGGGAAACAGUAUGCCCUUGUGCCUGUGGUUAAUUGUUGAGUGCGAAGCGAAGAAAGUUUGGGUCUUCGUACUGUUUACCAAUACAUGUGUGGUAAUAAUUAGUGUAAGUGAACUGCGUCUGUUUUCGGAUGAACUUUUUUGUUCUGGUCGGUACAGGCGUGGCCCCCGACGUCAAUGGACUUCCCCCUGCCGCGCACCCUGGCCAACCCGAGGUCUCCGACGACGUCUCCCAGCCCCCGGGUGCAGUCCAGGCGCUCAAGGCUGCCAGCGAGGCGGGGUCCAUGUCCCUGCUCCUGAGCCGGGCGGCGGCGGGCGGGCGGGAGUUCAUGUCCCUGGCGGUGCGCUACUUGGAGCCGUCCGGCCAACCCGUAGAGCGUCUGGUUGUCGUCAAAGAGCCCGAGCGCGACGGCGAGCUCACUGGAGAUGUCGGGCAGCUUCUCGUCGAGCCUUUCUUCGCGCUCUGCAAGGAAGCUGGUAAUGUGGACUGGAGGAGCAAGCUGAUUGGCGUCAGCCUUGUUGGCUCCGGAGUGUCAAAGGACGCCUUCCUCGACGCCUUGAACAGGCGUCGCGGGGAGGAGCAGCUGAAGGAGCUGGGAUGCGGGGCGGUGCGCCUAGACCAGAGGCUCGUGCUGGCUCUCCAGGGGCGUGGUGCUCAUCAACAACGAUCUUCGCCCAGCGCCAGUCUGCGCGACUUCUUCUGCACCAUCGACUCGCUGCGAAGCCUGUUCUGCGUGGGCGGCAGGUGGUUCAAG